ACAUAUAUUGGCGACAAAAUGGAGGACCUAGAACAUCUUGUCUUCCUGUAAUCAUACAGAAUUCAUAAGUUUCAAUGUAAAAAUUACCUGUGCACAAAUGUGAAUUUUAAUCGACACAAUUUAUUUAAAGUUAGGUAUUUUAGUUUCCAUGAAGGCCUUUAUGAAGGCUUACAAGAUUGUGGAUUAUUGUAAAUGGAAAGAAAACAUAGGGCUUAAGACUUAGGCUAGUGAAUUUAGUUAGUAAAAAAACAAAAACAAAUAGAGAUAUAGACAAUAUAGUGAUUAUAGUUUAAUAUAGGUCUAAUAGAUCUAUAGACUAUAGCCUACUUUAUAAACAAAAUUUUAGAGCUAGAUCUAGUAGUGAACAUUUCUGACUCAAAAUAUUGAUAUGACUUUGAUCUUAUAAGUUUAAAUACAUUUCAAAAUGCCGGUUGCUCAAGCUCGUUUGCAAAUCCUGCAAGUUUGCAAACUACUGCAAUGUGUUCGGAACAAAGAUAAGCAACAGAUUGAGAAGCUAAUAGCUAAAGGAACACCUCAUCUAAUUAAUUAUAAUGCCUCAGAACAAGGUUUAACAGCAUUGACAGUAGCAGCAAAGGCCAACGAUGAUGAUAUGGUGGGAUUUUUAUUGGGUCUGGGUGCCCAUCCUGAUGUUGUGGACCUUCAGGGCAAAACACCAUCAAUGUGGGCAGCUGAGUUUGGAAAUGUUGAAUGUCUAGAGCGGUUGCUUGUUGCAGGUGCAGAUAUGACUGUCAGAGAUAUUGAAGGCAAAGGCAUUAUAUUUUACUUGCUGACACCGACUGAGCGGCAUUUGAAAUGUUUAGACUUUGUUUUGAAACAUGGAGCAGAUGUCAACAGUACAAGUCUAGAUGGCAAUCCUGUGUUUGUUGAAGCCUGUAAUCUUGCUGUCGACAAUGAAAAAGCUUGUCUACGACUUUUAACUCAUGGAGCUGACCCCAAUGCUGCAGCGAUGAAAUCUGGCCGCACACCACUAAUGGCUGCUUGCUCAAGUGGGGGUAUUAAGGUUGUUGGUGCUCUGCUUGCUGCUGGGGCUAACCCCAAUGCAAUAGAUUCAAAGAAAAAUUGUGCAGGCCAUUUUGCAGCAAUGAAUGGACAUAUAAAGGCUUUACAGUUAAUGGCAGGUUAUGGAGUGGACUUCAAUAAAGUUGCCAAUGAUGGUGGCAAUCCCAUACACUAUGCAGCUAAGACAGGGGAAGCUAUGUGUAUUAAAUUCCUAUCCCAAAGAGGUUGCAAUCCUAAGAUCAAAAAUAAUCAUGGACAUUUGCCCAAAGUGAUAGCCAAGGAGGCAGGAAACAAAGCUGCAGGCACAGAAAUCAGAAAAGCAGAAAAAAGUUUUGGCAAAGGCGGCAAAAAUAAUGACCCAUGGGUUCUCCAGCUUUACGACUGGGCACAGGCCAGAAAGUCAAUGCUGAUCAGCGCAUUUCAGUCUAUCGAUGUCGAAGAUGUUGGCAAAAUAUCCAUCACAGACUUUAUUGAUGUCAUGACCACUAAGAAUGCUCCUGUGGAUGAUGAUCAACUCAAGAUAGUCACCACCCUGCAGGAUAAAAACAAAGAAGGCAGGAUUGACUACAAUGACUUCUUUGUGGCCAAGAAGUGGGUGAACAAAAACUUUGUGUACGAAGCGUUCGAGGGGAAAAAGAAGAAGAAAAAAGGAAAGAGGAAAGGUGGCAAAAAAGGAAAGUUCAAGCUGAUAAUGCCAAUAUGCAUACAGGAUGAGGGGCCUCGCCAGUUUGGAGGAGCUCCACCACUUGUCUAUGUUCCUCAACACAUACACUUCACAGACACAGGCAGAUAUGACAGAGACAAACCACCAAAGCAUCCACUACAAGACGACUCAGCUUGGUACAUUGAAGCCCCAAGAAAAUCUUAUGUCAACAUCAAUGAUGCUGUCAAAAACGGAGACAUCGCUUCAUUGAAAGAUGCUUUCAAGCAAGGAGUCCCUGUGGACAUAAGGGAUAAAUUUUACAAGACUCCACUGAUGGUUGCAUGCUUUAUUUCUAAUAUUGACUUAGUCCGUUUCCUGCUGGAGAAUGGUGCAAAUGUGAAUGCAAGAGAUAACUUUAAAUGGACACCUUUGCAUCAUGCUUGCCAUGCUGGCCAGCUAGAUAUUGUCCAGCUCUUAAUAGAGAAUGGUGCUGAGAUAGAUGCCAGCUCUAUCAACGGAGGCACUCCGCUUACUCGAGCCAUUGAAUGCUCCAAGGAUACAGUGGUUCAGUAUCUUAUUGAGAGAGGUUGCAAGGUUCAGACUGAGAACAAGAAAGGAUUAACGCCAAUGGAUCUUGCCUACUCCUGGGCUGACCCACGUGUUUUUGAGAUUGUCCAGGCCAAGUGGGAGACUCUCAAGCCCAAAGAUGACAAGAAAGGCAAAAAGCCAAAACCUAAAGCCAAAAAGGGAGAAAAGAAAGAAACUGGAGAUUCAAAACAGGAACCGCUCAAACUGCCAGAUGAAGAUACAUUACCUUUACCCAGACGAGGCUCUAUUCUCCGCGCUGCCUCAGCUUUGGCUGGAGGUCUUGAAGUCAUUGAAGACAUCCGCUACAUUCCUAAGAAAAUCUGGACACCACAGAAAACUACCAAGGAGUUACUUCGAGAUAAGGAAAUCAAGAGAGAGAGGUUUGGCUGGGAAGUGGAUUUCCCAGAUUAUGAGUCCCCCUUCCAAAAGAAUAUUUCUACAAAGCUGCAAGAGAUCGCAGCAGAAGAGGCACCUAAAGACUAACUAUUUAUAUAACACAGCGAUGUAUCAGCAAUACUAUUAUUUUAAUGGUGUAACUGUAGUGAGUUUUUUUCUGGGGACAGGGUGUUGGCUUCAGAUACAAACAAUCCCUUUUGAUUUCUCUGUCGCAAUUUUCAAGUUACUUUUGACUGUAAUGUUUAUUGUUGAGUGAUUUGAUGUUAUUGUGACCCUGAUGCUCACUGACCUAUCAGGACUAAAGCAGUUAUUGUUUUUUGUUUUUUUUUACAUUCAACAUGAUUGAAAUAGUGAAUUCUUUUAAGUCUGGUCCAGAAGUUCAGUUGAAGAAUCAGCCUAUAUGUUGUGUCCAGCUACAAAAGUUUUUCUGUCAGAAUCAACACUAUUCUUAGUGCUAAAACUAUUAAAAAAACUAUUUACACUUUUAAAAAAUUCAUUAUUACAUUUGUUUUCAAUCUAGUCCAAAAAUUAGGGAAGGCCUUGAGGAAAAUCUUACAGAUGAAGUUAAUCAUUGCUUGAGGGGAAAUCCUUUUGGGUCUUGCUGUUUUUGUUAACAUGAUGUUCUUACCAUUUCCACUCCACCAAAACAUAUUUUGUAAUCCAAAUGUAAACUACAACAUUUACAAGUUGCAACAACAACAAGUGUUAUAUUUAUUAAGUACUUUUGUUUUGUUGAUUUUUUUUCUUUACUGUUAGCUAUCAUAGCUGCCUUUGAAGGGAAGCAAACAAAAAGUUCUUUUUUAAAAGUUGAUUCAUCUCCCUUUUGUUUUGUCUGUACUGUAUACUCAUUCCAUUUGAAGGUAGCAUAUGUUUUACAAAUGUCUGAAAGAAAAUCUUUUCAAGUAGCACAAAGAUUUAUUUCAUUUAAAUUACCUGGAUGACAAUUUUGAGUAUGCUUAAAAGACUGGCAAUUAAUUGACUUAUUUUGGUACUCAAAGGCUUUAAGCCAACCAAGCAUUAACCAAAAUAUUAGCACUAAAUAUUUUGGGACCAAAAUUUUUUUAAUUUGAUUUCCCUAUUUAAUAGUUAAUAUUAUUAAUAAGCAUAAAAAUAUGUAAUAAAAAGAUAUAAAAUACGUUUUCUUAAAGAGCUGAUAUUGAGACUGCUUAGUAAUUAUUGAACAUUUCUACAACCUAAGAAUCGACAGUUUAUUAAAAAUGUUUUUCUACAAUGAUUCUUUUCUUUCAUACAUUGACACAAUUUUCGCCUUUACAGUUUUUGAAAAUGAUAUAACUGUUAUCUUACAGAAAAAGAUAUUUUUAUUUUAAAAUGACAAAGUUUUGCCCUAAAAUGAUACAUUUUUACACUUAAUUGACAGCAUUUUUGUCUUUUACUGAUGUGGUUUUGCCCUGUACUGAUAUUUCUUUGUCCCAAAUUACAUUCUUUUGUUUCCUUUACCCAAACUUUUCAGUAUACAAUGAUUUAAUCUACUCUCAAAUGUGAUAACAAACUUUUCCUUUAUUUAAAAAAAAUAAUUUUUAUAUACAUUUACAAUAUUAAACAUAAUAUAAUAUUUCUGAAACUUUUGAUAUAAUUUCUACUGUCUCUGUUAUCAUUCUGAUGGAUGUUUGAAUAAAAACAGAAGCUAAACUUUUGUUUUAAAUAAUGCAUUUUACAAUCAUUUAUCAACGACUUAUUGAUAUGAUUCUUUGUUCCAUCUUGCUGAUGAAAAGCCAAUCCGUUAUUUUAUUCCAGUGUUUUUGUUUUCAAUACCAACAACAAAGCAAUAAACAACGCCAAUAUGA